CUUGGGCUUUUCACGGAGAGGGGGGAGUUCUUGCCCCUAAAGGAACCCAAUGGAGGAAAGGAGACGGCUGGGACAGUUCACAAGCACGCCCUGUACUCUCUUCUUCGAGCUCCUCUGUUCUUGGAUACGUGGGUUGACAAGACCAGUAACACCAGCACCCAGCCCAACUUCUUCCCAUUGCGGGAUCAGGGCUUUGCAGGGCCAAUGGCAAGGCUAACAGGAACUCUUUCUCGUCACUUCCAGCGCCGAGAUGAAGGCUCCUCAUCUCUCGUGGCGGCUGGCAGAGCCAUGCCAGCCUGGGCUCCGGGGCAAGAAGAAGCGGCAAGGCCAGCCCUGCUCCUCCUGCCGCCGCUGCUGCUGCUGCUUCUGCCGCCUCCUCCUUUGUCUGGCUGGCCCUGGCUCUCCUUCCCUGCUGCUUCUGCUCCUCUGCUCCUGGCUUGCUCCCUCUCGGCCAGCCCCGCCCGGGGGCUCCUCCUUCCUUCCUUCCCUCCUCCUCCCCUUCCCUGGCCCGGCUUCCCUGCUGCUGCUGCUGCUGCCAGGCUCUUCGGGGCUUUCCUGGGGAGGGCCUGGGGGCCGGAGCCAGGGGUCUCCGGACUGAGCCUGGCCCGGGCGAUCCGGCCCUCGGCCUGCCUGCCUGCCUGCCUUCGCAGCCGCCUCUCGGCCCCUUUCGCCCGCCUCUGCUUGGAAUUUCCUGCCGGGCUUGGCUUGCCUUCUCUCUCGGGUGUCCCUUCCGAUCCGGGCGGGUCUCUCCUCUCCUUCUUCCCGACGUCACCGAGGCAGCAGCAGCAGCAGCAGCCGCCGCCUAAAGAGGGAAGGCAAGGGCAGGCGGAUCACUCCCAGCCCAGCGAUCCUGGAUCCCUUCCCUUGGCCCCGACGGGCUCCCCUAGCCAGAAAGAGAUCCCCCGGGCCUCGCUUCCCAGAGAGAUCCCGAGGCCCCCCUGCCUUCCUUCCUUUUCCUUCCUUCCUUCCUCCCUCCAGCCCCAGCCCUCACACCCGACAGGCGCCAGAAGGGGUCUAUUUCUGCCCGUCUUCUUAUCGCUUGGGGUGGCCUUGCAUUCGGCCUUUCAAAAACCAAUGCAGAUGCCAGCCAGGGAACAUAAGUGGCACCGAAUGCCCCGUGGGCCGCUCUCGGGUGCCACAGAGUCCCCAGCUGCCGAGAGCUUGAGGGUAGCGGCCAUGACAGGGCUGCCCGGCCCUAUGCUUCUGGAAGCGUGGGAGAUGCAUCUGCUGAGGAGCCUGGAGCAGCCUGGCAUGUGGUCUCCCCGCAGCCAUGUGCUCUCUGCUGAGCUGACAGUUGCCAUUUCUGACUGCGAGAAGCAAGUGGGGAGCGGGAGCAGCAGCAAGUGA